AUGUAAGUUAAGAAAUUUUUGAGAAAGUAAUAAAAAAAAAAAGGCUUUGUAUUUUUAAGAGGAAAAUCUGUUGCUGUAUUAGUAAUAAUAAAUUAAAAAUUUAUUGCUUUAACAAGAUAAUUUAGAGUACCAGCUGGAUAGUGGAUGCUUGAAGUUCCAGCAGGAAUGAUAGAUGAAAAUGGAAAUUUUAUAGGAGUAGCAGCAAAAGAAUUACAAGAAGAAACUGGAAUUAUUGUAAAGGAAGAAAAUUUGAAUUUUUUGGGAUCAUUUUAUAGUAGCCCAGGAGGUUCAGAUGAAGAAGUAUUAAUGUAUUUUGUAGAAUAAUAAAUGAGUGAGAAAGAAAUAAAGGAAAUAUAAAAUAAAAACUUUGGAGAUCAUAGUGAAGAAAUAACUAUUAUUUUAAAAGAAAUUAAUGAAUCCAAUUUUAAAUUAAAAAAAGGAGCAAAUAUGUGA